GACGAAGAUGUGUAUACCAUCCGACUGAGGAUGGGUGUAAAGUACUAUGUCCUCCAUCUUCCCGUCCAUGGUAUCGUUUUAGCAGAUUACGGCUCGUUACAGCACCCAUUCCGCUGAGCAUGGCAUCAACUUUCGUUCGUCACCUACAGCAUCAUCCCGCUCGUCGCUACACUCGCAUUGCUCCUGUUGUCGUUAUCUAUGCCAUCGCAAUCAUCUUCGGUGUCGUCCUUCCGUGAGUAGUGUGAUAUCGUCGUCGUGAUGUCGUACAUGACACUCAAGCCGCCGCCCACAGCGCUUCCGUCUAAGGGCAUUCUAAUCGCUUGGGGCGGAACCGCUGCUAGUCGGAUUUGCGCCGAUAAGCCACCCGACAUACAUGGUCAGCGUGCCUGCCGGCCUAGAGUGCUUGUAUUUCGAUGCUACCCGUACACGGUUACCUCUUUGUUCAUCAACUACAGACCUAGGUGAAGUGUCUCAAGACUAGACGCAUAGAUUUCAUCCGGAGCGGGCGACAGACGAUGACUAAAAAACAUGACGGUUUAACGUCAGUUGGAAAGAGUAGAGAUGGAAGUGUAGAGAGAGAGUCAGAGAC